CUUUUUCCAAUUUUUUUUUUCUUCUUCAAAACUCUACUCAACAAAAUGUUCAAAUUGGUGGUGUUGUGUGCUCUUCUUGCCGUAGCUGCUGCUCGUCCCGGUUACUUGUCAGCCCAUGGGCCUUUGGUUUAUUCCGCCCCCGCAACUGUGAUCCAUGAACCAGCAUAUGCUAAAGUCGGUGCCAUUGUUAAAUCCAUACCCACUGCCGUUUCGCAUCAAUCGAUUUCCCAGGUGCAUAGUUCAGCUCAUGUGGUGCAGCCCAUCGUUGCUCCUGUUGUCAAGACAACCAUUGCUGCUGCUCCCAUUUUACAUGCUGCUUAUGCUGCUCCUGCCAUUUCUUAUGCUCAUGGUCUACAUUUGCCCUCCUGGUAA